CCAUAUCGAUUUAUGUCCCCUGCAGGUGGCCAACUGCGGCUAUUGCGUCAUCAUCAUCGGCGUGUACUGGGUGACGGAGAUCAUCCCUCUGGCCAUGACGUCACUGCUGCCCGUCGUGCUGUUCCCGCUAUUUGGGAUCAUGUCAGCCAAGACCGUCUGCAUGGCCUACGUCCAGGACACCUUGAUGCUGUUCCUAGGGAGUCUGAUCGUAGCUGUGGCCGUAGAGAAAUGGAACCUCCACAAACGUCUGGCCCUCAGAACACUGACCAUGGUGGGGCCACAACCCAAGUGGCUACUCCUGGGUGUGAUGCUACCCACCUGGUUCCUGUCUAUGUGGAUGAGCAACACAGCAACCACCGCCAUGAUGAUGCCUAUAGUGGCGGCCAUUUUGUUGCAGAUUCGUGAAUGCCAGAAUUUAAACAGCCAGGAAGAAUCCCUACUGGACGAGAAUCUGAUGGUGACUGUGGUCACAGAGGAGACCACAGAGAACAACCACAGUGAUGGUAUCACGGAUAAAGAGAAACUAAGCCUCGAUGAGGAAAUGAGUCCGCUGACGAGAGAAGAAAAAGAGAAACAAUUCCUGGCUUUCGCCAAGACGUUCUCCCUGUCCACAGCCUUCAGUGCCAACAUAGGGGGCGUGGCCACGCUCACUGGCACGCCACCUAACGUCAUUUUUAAAGGACUAGCAGACGUACUGUACAAAGAAUACGACGCCAAAAAUCCCAUCAACUUCGCCAACUGGUUGGGGGUGGGGAUGCCUCUAGCCAUAAUUUUAUUGCUGUUUUUAUGGCUGUGGAUGCAGCUCUACUCACAGGGACUAAGUUGCUUGAAAUUUUGGAAGAAAGACAGAACGUCUUACGAGAAAGUCAGGGUGGCGCUGAGAAAAGAAUAUAUCAAACUUGGACCCAUGAGUUUUGCUGAAAUUCUGGUGACCAUUUUCUUUGUGCUGUUGGCAGUCCUGUGGGUCACACGGAAGCCGGGAUUUAUCCCGGGUUGGGACGCUUUCUUCAAGCCUGGGUAUGUGGGGGACUCCACACCUGCGAUUCUGAUUGCUGUCUUGCUGUUUAUCUUACCUGCUCGGGUACCGGCAUGGCUGAGGUGUUGCUCAUCAAAACCUGACAUUUCUGGAGCUAUCCAGUCCCAAAUGGGCUACGAGCCCCUGCUAGACUGGGGCACCGUCAACAAGAAAAUGGCCUGGGGUGUGCUCCUCCUCAUGGGGGGCGGGUUUGCUAUGGCGGAAGGCUGUGAGAAAUCUGGCCUAUCAGCCUGGGUGUCUACACAUCUAGAAGGUCUUUCAUCGUUGCCACAUUGGCUGACGUGUGUGUUUCUGACUCUACUGGUGGCCGCCACCACAGAAUUCACAAGCAACGCGGCCACAACAACUUUGUUUGUGCCGAUAGUGGGGGACCUGGCUAUAAGGCUAGGGGUCAACCCCCUGUACUUCAUGAUCCCUUGCACCAUCUCUGCAUCCCUGGCUUUCCUGCUACCUGUGGCGACCCCAUCCAACGCCAUCGUGUUUGCUACUGGCUACCUUAAGGUCAAGGACAUGGUUAUAAGUGGACUUCCAAUUAAUACAUUUGCAAUCAUUAUGCUGAUAAUAGCUUGCAAUUCAUGGGUUGCUUCCCUUUACGACCUCUUCAACCUCCCUCCAGAAUUUCAACACACCAAGAACACUACCAAUAUACCACCAAUUUUUAUCAACGCUACGUCGUUCAACAUAUCUUUAGUUGGUGGACUUUGAUGUUGAUGUUGAUGUGUAACUUUGUGGAAUUUGAUGUUGGUGUUGUUGUUUAACUUUGUUAACUUUGAUGUUGGUGUUGAUGCUAAACUUUUGAAACUUUGAUGAUGGCGUUGAUGAUUAACAGUAUACUCCAGCAUUAGAGAGCUAGAAUUCAAUUCCUGGGAUGACUUUCUGAACAUUCCAGAAAAAAAAAUCACGUAAGGUUUCAGAUACUUCCAAUGACAAAGAAGAUACCUUACAUCUGAUCAGAUUCAGGAGUUCAAAGAUAAAUACAAGUGUAAAUAUUAAAUAAGUUUAAACUUAUCCUAAUUCAUUGAUUUUUUUAAACUGAGAUUUACAAUAAAAAUGGUAUUCAGAAAUAAACUUAAUCACACUGAUUUAAAUCGAUAAUAUAAAAUAUUAAUAUAUUUUGACAUUCGUAUUUAUAAUGAUUAGUAUCAGUAAUAUUGUUUGUUACAAAACACAUAAUUAUAGUGUAUUUUAAUUUUGAUUAAGUCAAUAUUUGCCAAAUAUUUAUGUUUGAAAUAAAUGUUAAAUAUGUGUUGUGUUUGGUAUCAGUUGUAGAGGGUUGUUGUUAAGUGUGCAACCAUUUUAAAAUUAUUUUAUGACCAGAGGCGUAGUUAGGAUUUUCUUAAGGUGGGGUGGUUUAUCUUCAUUAUAUAUAUAUAUAUAUAUAUAUAUAUAUAUAUAUAUAUAUAUAUAUAUAUAUAU